AACAGUCGAGGAUGCUGAAUGACGCUGGAUAUCAACGAGAACGACUAUGUUGGACGGCAAUGUUCACGAUGAUAGUUGGGGUUUUUUUAUUGCCGGCGUGCAUACCAUUAGCCGCCGAACGUUAACAGCCCCAACGACCUCUAGCUCCGCUGGUAAUUACCGGAUCAUAGCCGAAAAGCUUCUCGGGCCUCUCCAGGGACCCGCGCGACCGUCGGCCGCUGACCUUCGUCGUGGGAACGCGGGACAGAAGAAGCGGCGAUUUUCGGCACAUUGCUCGCGGUCUCACGCAGCUCGCGGCAAUGAAGCUCCGGGUGGACGAAGUGGCGGCACCGGAGGAUCCGGUUCGGGCCGAGCAGGGUCGGUUUGA